UUCCAACGCGGUGAGAAAUCUGCCGACACGCGGACGACCCUGAAUGUCAAGAAGCCUUUCCUCGGCGCGCAAUUCGACGAGGACGAGUUCAUUCGCACGGGUAGCUUUAAAAAGCUCUCUCGGGAUAAUGAUCAGGGCGCGAACGGCGACAAGAGCGGCCACGACUAUAAGCAGGGCCGGCGAGGUCGAGACCUCCAGGCCUCGAAGCAGAAACCCGGCAACGCGCGGCGCAAGGUCGGGCAGUACACCCACGAGAGCACCGACCAGGUCCCCGAACGCGUCAAGGCGCACGUGCUGCCCCCGGCGGAGAUCCCGUACACGACGCCGGCGUCGCAGUUCGUGUUCGGCACAGCGGCGGUCGAGGCGGCGCUCCGCUGCACGCGGCGCCAGCUCUACAAGCUCUACAUCUACCAGUCUGAGGGCGAGAGCCUGUCCGAGGCCAAGUCGGCGAUCCGCAAGCUGGCGCUGCUCAACAACGUGCCGGUCAAGAUGGCCUUCGCGGAGUGGGACCGGCUCCUCGACAAGAUGAGCGCGGGCCGGCCGCACAACGGGGUCGUGCUGGAGGCCUCGCCCCUCCCGCAGCUGCCCGUCGCGCACCUCCACCGCGUCGCUUCGGUCAAGGAAGAGAACUUCCAGGUCGAGCUGGGCGUGCAGUCGCGCGAGGAGGCCGCCGUCAACGGCACGGACACCCUCGUGCCCAUCAACCAUGCCCGCUGGCUCUCCGAUAACCCCGAUGCUACGGACAGCACCCACCGCUACCCCGUCGUGCUGUUGCUGGAUGGCGUGCAGGACCCCGGCAACAUGGGCGCCAUCAUCCGCUCCGCGUAUUACCUGGGGGUCGACGCCGUGGUCCUGGCGGGCCGCAACUCGGCCCCGCUGACCCCCGUCACCAUCAAGGCCUCCGCCGGCGCCGCGGAGAACAUGCCGCUGCUGGCCGUGCGCAACGAGCAGGAGUUCAUCGCCAAGUCCAAGGAGAACGGCUGGCGGUUCUUCGCCGCGGACAUGCCAGGCCCCGCCUCCCAGGUCGUUUCGGACAUUGGUGGUGGCACCGCGGAUGGCCCGGCAACCGCGCAGGCGCCCUGCGUGCUGAUGAUGGGCAGUGAGGGAACCGGGUUGAGUACCCAUCUGCUGUCGGCUGCGGACGUGAAGGUGGGGAUCCCCGGCGCGCGGUUCGAUCCGCGGCUGGGGGUGGAGAGUGAUCCCGCGCGCGUGGACAGUUUGAAUGUCAGUGUUGCGGCGGCGUUGUUGAUGGAGCGGAUCCUGCAGUCGCCGGUUAUGGUGGAUGAGUCGGCGGGGAAGAAGACGAAG